AUCGUCGUUAACGGCACGAUUCAGACAAUAAACGGCACGAGCAUCUCGACCCCCGUCUUCGCCGGAGCGAUCUCGCUCAUCAACGACGCGCUCAUCGCUGCUAACAAGAGCGCGCUCGGCUUCCUCAACCCAUUCCUGUACGCGACCCCUGAUGCGUUCAACGACAUCACGACCGGCAGCAACCCUGGAUGCAACACGAAUGGCUUCCCAGCUCUGGAGGGCUGGGACCCUGUCACUGGCCUGGGCACCCCAAACUUUGUGGCGCUGAAGGCGGCGGCUCUGAAG